AUGACGCUAUAGCGUGCAGCGACCAGGGGCAACAUGGCGGCCCCGUGGUGGAGGCACUGCCGGCGCUGGAGCACAUACUGUCUCAAUCCGCUUUUAGUGGAGACUGGGUGGUGUUUUAACACCAGGUCCGUGUCCUCUGUGAGUCGGACUUCCUGGAGCGUAUGGUCGCGGAAUGAGGUACAGCCCCCAUCCUCUACACAACCAAACUUGAAACCUUUAAUAUGUGGGAACAGACUAAAGUCAAGGCUGCCAUUUUCAGCUCUACAGUCCUGCUGCUGUAGAACGAUACACAGUGACACCAAGCCCAAAGACCCCUUCUCAUUGGCCCAGAAAGACCUGACCACCUUAUAUGAUGACAUCAAAAAGGAGCUGUUUGUCUCCAAACAUGAGCUGAAGCACUUGUGCGACUACUACUUCGACGGCAAAGGCAAAGCCAUCCGACCCAUGAUUGUAGUUCUGAUGGCUCGGGCGCUCAACAUCCACAGCAACAGAGCGGGUGAUUUGCUCCCGGGGCAGAAGGCCGUAGCCAUGAUCUCAGAAAUGAUUCACACUGCCAGCCUGGUGCACGAUGAUGUCAUAGACGGGUCAGACAAACGCCGAGGGAAGAGGACAAUCAAUGAAGUGUGGGGUGAAAAAAAGGCCAUCUUGGUUGGAGAUUUCAUCCUGUCGACUGCUUCAAUGGCGUUGGCUCGAAUUGGAAACAUCACUGUGGUUAAAGUGUUGUCUCAAGUCAUUGAGGACCUGGUUAGAGGUGAAUUCAUGCAGCUGGGCUCCAAAGAGAACGAGAACGAGCGAUUCAAGCACUACCUCGAGAAGACCUUUAAGAAGACGGCGAGUCUUAUUGCAAACAGUUGUAAAGCAGUGUCUAUUCUAGUCAACUCUGAUCCUGAUGUUCACGAAAUCGCCUACCAGUAUGGAAAGAACGUAGGCAUCGCUUUUCAGCUGGUGGAUGACGUGUUGGACUUCACCUCAGGAGCCAAUCAUCUGGGGAAACCUUCAGCUGCAGAUCUUAAACUAGGCCUGGCUACAGGACCAGUUCUGUUUGCCUGUCAGCAGUUUCCCGAGCUUCAUGCGAUGAUCAUGAGACGGUUUAGCUCGAAUGGAGACGUGGACCGAGCCUGGCAGUACGUACUCCAGAGCGACGGUGUGCAGCAGACGAGCUACCUGGCGCAGCACUACUGCCGUGAAGCCAUCCGACACAUCAGCAUGCUCCAGCCGUCCCCAGAGAGAGACGCCCUCAUCAGGCUCACUGACAUGGUGCUCAACAGAGACAAAUGAACCUCCUCUGCCGGGGCUUCACUUCAGGCAGCUACCUGUGGGAAAAUCACUCGCCCUGUCCUGUCAAUGUGUGUGUGUGUCCUGGGAGGCAGGGUGAGAGACAAAGACAAUGAGAGAAGCGCUUGGAGAUUGGUUAAGAAGGACCCCUGGUGUCAACGGAGUGAAUACCUCACCAACAGCAGGUGAUCUUUUACAGUUUCCCGACAGAACUAGGAAACUUUAGUACCAGGAACCAUUUUUUUCUGACCAAGCAUGUGCUUAAAUCCUGGUCCCCAGGUUAGAAAUGCCAAUAGUUCCUGGUACUAAGUUUCUACACUGCUGACCUAGCUGUCAAUUUCAAAUGCACACCAGGGUGAGUUUUUAAGAUUGUACAUGUGAAAACACUGCAUCCCACAGUGGAGAAUACAGAAAGGAUCUUAAAAGUACCAGAUGCAUCCAGAGUACUGUACCAGUGGCAGCCUCACACCGACACAGACUUCAGUCCUGGUCCGUGUAGCUGCUGCAAAACCUGUAAAAUUCCAAAUCAUAUGCAUAGUUGUCAACGGUGUGUUUGUGCUGGAGCCGUGUGUCAUCCAGAUCCAUCCAAACUUGGGAAGGCCGUCCAGUUUGUGAACUUUUAGGUCUGAAAAACAAAGUGCCCUGUAACAACUAUGGCCUUAACAUCUGCCGACAACUGUGUGCUCAAUAAACCCACAGUUUUUUUAUUUAAACCAAGAAAAAAAAAACGUGUUGUUUUUUUUG